UUCUGCAAUCUGUUCAAUGUUCACGCCUGUCUUCACGUCAGUAAAACAGAAACGUAGUUAGGGUAUAGACGUUUUUUGUUUCGUACUUCACAAAACAAUAAGCAAAAUCUGGUAUCCAGUGUGCAACUUCGUUAGAUUUCUUGUGUUUUUGUACUGUGAUGGUGAGUUAUCAUCGCAUAUUGUGGAUUUUAUUUUUUUGAUAGAAUUACCAGGAUGAUCUGGCAGCGAUGACGUCAGACAAGAAGAUGGAGUCGAAAGGCACCCAGAUCCACUUGCCGCUGAUCAGUCGCGGUAGCCGCGGAGAGAUUAGCGACAAAGUCACUUUCUCACAGGUGAAGUCUCCGCCGGAACAGCUCAAUAAUGGACAAGUUUUGGGGGGCUCACAAAUUAACUUGUGUAACGGCGGAGCUGGAGCCAUGGCUCUGGUCCCGAAGAUUCCCAAUGGUUCAGCGUGCCAGAAGAAGCCAAUGGCCACCCUCACACAUCUGCCCAAGCGACCGCCGGUGGACAUAGAAUUCUCAGAUCUCUCAUACUCAGUCAGUGAAGGAAGAAAGCGAGGUUAUAAAACUCUACUGAAAUGCAUCAAUGGUACGUUCAGGUCCAGUGAACUGACAGCCAUAAUGGGACCAUCGGGUGCCGGGAAAAGUACCCUUAUGAAUAUUCUCGCUGGGUACAAAACCUCAAACGUGAGUGGCUCAAUUCUGAUCAACGGUAAAGAAAGAAAUCUCCGACGCUUCAGGAAGUUAUCCUGCUACAUCAUGCAGGACGACUGUCUCCUGCCUCACCUGACAGUCCGAGAAGCAAUGACGGUAUCCGCAAACCUCAAACUCGGCAAAGACAUGACCGUGAACGACAAGAAGAUUGUUAUAGACGAAAUCCUCGUCAUGUUAAGCCUCAAAGAAGCGGAGGACACGCGAACAAUAAACCUGUCUGGCGGUCAGAGGAAGCGGCUUUCCAUCGCUUUGGAGUUGGUUAAUAAUCCUCCAGUGAUGUUCUUCGACGAGCCGACGUCGGGUUUGGACAGUUCCUCUUGUUUCCAGUGUAUAUCGUUGCUAAAGUCUCUAGCUAGAGGUGGAAGAACCAUCAUAUGUACGAUACAUCAGCCGUCUGCGAGGCUGUUUGAGAUGUUUGACAAUUUGUACACAUUGGCGGAAGGGCAGUGUAUAUAUCAGGGAUCUGUUAGGGAUUUGGUUCCUUUCAUGUCGACGAUGGGCCUGCAUUGUCCCAGUUACCACAAUCCAGCUGAUUACGUUAUGGAAGUGGCGACGGGUGAACACGGCGAGUGGGUUCAUAAGUUGGUGCUAGCCGUGAAGAAGCCUGAACGGCCUCACGCCUCUGCUUCCAACUGUGUCUACAACAACCUCGCUAAGAACAACAUUCAGAAGGAGGCCUUGGAGAUUGUUAUCGACAAGCCUACUUGCACAGUGCUAGAUCUCUCAAGCUCGGAACCAGCUUCCGAGAAACCGCCGAUUCCAAAUUCGAACAACCUUGCGCCAGUCACCUGCACCACGUCUCUUCUCGAUUCAAACGAGAGCUUCAACAAGAAACCCCAACACACCGGCUUCCCAACAUCGGGUUGGAAGCAAUUUUGGAUCUUAUUGAAGCGGACCUUCAAGAGCAUUAUAAGAGAUCCAACACUCACACAUUUAAGACUAAUUUCGCAUACAGUCGUCGGCUUGCUUAUCGGAAUGCUGUAUUAUGAUAUUGGAAUGGAUGCUGCAAAUGUUCAGAGCAAUGCUGGAUGUAUUUUCUUCACUGUAAUGUUCACAAUGUUUACUGCUAUGAUGCCUACUAUUUUAACAUUCCCAAUGGAGAUGAGUGUGUUUGUGAGGGAGCACCUGAAUUACUGGUAUUCACUUAAAGCGUUCUACUUCGCUAAGACGAUAGCGGAUUUGCCUUUUCAGAUCGUGUUUAGUGGCGUCUACGUAAUAAUCGUGUACUUUAUGACGAGUCAGCCGAUGGAGUUGGAUCGGAUAUUAAUGUUCGCGACCGUUAAUAUCCUCACGGCGCUGGUCGCCCAGUCCCUAGGCCUUCUCAUUGGAGCCGCUAUGAAGAUUGAAACGGGGGUCUAUCUCGGGCCCGUGACUACAAUCCCAGUGGUCCUAUUCUCAGGUUUCUUUAUCAAUUUUGACGCCGUUCCCGAAUACUUAUCUUGGCUCACAUAUGUCAGUUACAUUCGAUACGGCUUCGAAGGAGCCAUGCUAUCCGUAUAUGGCUACGACAGAGAAAAACUCAAAUGCUCUAUCGACUUCUGCCAUUACAGAAAGCCGAGCCAAUUCCUUAAAUAUAUGAGCAUGAAUGACGCAAACUUCUGGGUAGACAUCGGUGCUCUCACCGUGUUCUUUAUCGGUAUUAGAAUAAUCUCCUAUCUAGUUCUAAGAUUCAAGUUAAAAAUGAUGCAGUAGAGCACAAACCGCUUUGUAUUUACGGUGAUAAUUCUUUCCAUUUUAUCGAGUUAGCAACACUGCCGUGUCUGUUGAAACUGACAAUUGUCAUCUGACAACUGACAAGUCGGCUGACAGCUGUCAGUUUUAUUGUUUACGCCGGCGCAAUUAGUGGUCGACGUAGGUUUAUAUGUAGUUUUCGAAAUAAUUAGCUUUAUAGUAUGCAGCUCGACUUAGUCGAUGGUUUAUAAGUAAUUAGGUUAAGAUUUUAUAGUUGAUCGGGCCCAUGACUUAAUUUUAAGUUAAAUAUUGAUAUUAUUUCCAUGUAAUCAUUGCAAUCGUAGAUGUUUACGUACGUUAAAUGGUACCUUCGUCUCAGUCUGUCAAAAUCACAUUAUUGGAUGAAGUUUCUUCAACACAAAGUCCGUUUAAAAAAAAUACGGAUUUGUCAUAUUACAAGCCCAACAAAUCAAUAAAGAGAACAACUAGAACAACUUAUAAUAACACGUUGAGCUAAAUUGUAUUUUAAUAUACGUUAGCUUCAUAAAUAUACUUUACUAUUACUUUAACAUAGUACAAUAGGUAUUUGGUUAAUCGAUAGUAUUAGUCGUUUAAAGUUUGUUCCCAUUGAAGGUCACGCUCGGACAUGUGACCAGUUCGUAACAAUGCCAUUGUGUAUACGUACGUAUAUGUUUUGUCUCUUUUCACCAUAGAGUAGAUACGAUGUGAUUAAAGAUUAAUUAGACUAAGAUGUGUAAAUCCGGUAACAAUUUGCCUUGUAUUUUUUUGUAUUCCAUAUUCAUAGUUCUAGCCUUUAGAAGAUUUGUAUAAUUCUGCACACGUAUUUGAUCUUUCACUCAAUUUUUAUAUCUCAAAAGUCAAAAAUCAUAUAGGUAGUUCAUAUAUGUAACACAAUGUACUUAUGAACGCCAAAAAAAGAAAUAUACAUUAAAUGCUUCUAAUUUUACAUUUACUCCCAGUUCUCAAAUCAGGUGUGUAGAGCGGAAGAAAAGAACUGGCAAUAAACUCUCCGCCACUCUUUUUAAUCACUAAGAUUUUUUUUUUGUAUUACACAACGUUUGUAAGUUGUUGCAACCAUUACAUCAUAUUCCACAUAUGAGUAGGAACUAGACAGAAACGAUAGGAAAAAUUAAUCCUUUCUAGACAUCUUUUAAGUCACAUUAGAGCUUUAAUGUGUAAACCUUGUGUGAUAAAGAACCUAAUAUUUGUUUGCAUUUAUUUUAGUAUGUACUACAUUUACUCUAAUACAUCACAAAUCUUAGAAGUUCCCUAUUUGGAUUAUAUUUCUCGUAUUAAGAACAGGACUUGACAUCAAAUCACUCCUCGACAGUUGCUUCCUACUAACUAAUGCUAAACUAAAUUUUUAUGGGAAUGACAUAUAAUAGUGAUUUUGUCCCAAGCCCCUUAGUUAGCCCUUAUUCUAUAAGUUCCAAUAGCGAAUCCGUCUCAAUAAUAGGGAAUUUACCGCACUAUCUCAAGGUUGUGACGGAUAUUAAGAGUACUAUAUCAAACUUGCAAACACAAUCGUAGGAGUCUUCAUCGCUUUCGCUAUAGGAAUUUACAGAGUGAGAGCUCAGAUAUCGUGUUUAAGUUAGUACAAAACUUUGUCUGUUCAGUAAUGUUUAUUAUCCGAACAGAUAUAGAAAAGUGUUAUAAAGUCUAUUUAUUAAAUAUCUUUAGACAAUACAUUCAGAGUCGAGGCUUAGCGCUACCGCAAGUCAAAACGUCAAAUCGUAACUCUAGUAUGUCAAAAACGUAUUUUGACAUACUAGAGUUACGAUUCACAUUUGUCAAAAUGUAAUACAGUUUUCAGAGUCAUAGUAAGCGCUCUCAUAAGUCUCGUUUCUAAAGCUUAUCCCUAAAUCAUAAAUAAAAUUGCAAAAAUUAUAUAAUAAUUAGUAAUAAUAUAUGACAAUGGUAAUAAUAUUUGCAUUAUGGUUUUAGUUAUGUAUUGUAUUAGUUUUAAUAUCACUUCGACUACAUUUCUCUAAAUGUAUUACCCAAUUUAGAAUUUAAUACUGUGUUUUGUUAGGUAUUAUGGUAUUUUUAAUUUUAGAAUAAAUUCGGACUUGUUAUAAAACAUGGACACGUACCAUAUUUGUUCCAAGUAAAAUGGUUACCAUGGUAACAAUGGUAUGUAGUUUAAGAUUUAUAAUGAGGCCGGAUACGUUAUAUGUGAUAUUUGGUUUUUUAUAUAUUAAAUUUAGUUAUGAAAUAGGGUGCCACUGUCGUGUUAUGAAAAUUUGUAGUUUUAUUUUAUCUUACAAUACGGGGCCUACCAUGAACGUUAAAACAUGCGAAGUACUGGAAAUGUUUUUAAAAAACUGGGCCUAUACUUGUUGUUUAGUGAUAUCCAUGGAUACUUACACUGCCAAAAGGCUCGGCCUUUUAAGAAUCGAUAAAUUAUUUCCUAAAACUUAUCACAUUUUGUACUAGGAAGUGACUUUGCCUUGCAAUUGGCCAUAUAUUUACCGCUUACAUCGUCUUUGACCUAUAAAAUGGUCAUAAUACGAUAUUAUCUUACUGAAAUAAGUAUUUGUAUUGGUUUUUAAAAACGUCGAAACGGUACGUGGAACGUCAAAAACCUUGUUAAUGGAACGGGAUUUCUGAUAUCAUCGCUUGGCUUUUGAGGCACGUGAUCAUUACGUUGGCAUGUUUGAUUAGUUCAUGGGUUGGCAUUAAGAUGUCAAUGAAGAAUGGCUUCCAGGUUCUGUUUUGAGUGAAUAAUGUAGAAAAAAUGCAAGUGUAUUAAUGAUAUAAUACAAUAUGGAUUAGUAAGUGUAUGAAUUUUUAUAAUUCUUAAGUCAGUGAAGGAGUCUAAUUGUUCACUUAUGAAGUAAUACACGUUAUAAAUGUUUUCUAAGCCUUCGCAAUACAUUAUAGAGCUCUUCAAUUUUAAUAUGUUCUGUUUCUCGCAAAUAAAUUUUCGAUUUUGACAGACUAAGAACAAGAAAUGGCAGGCGUACAUAUCUUAUUCGCCGUUCACUACAUUCUAGCUGUAAUAGUUAAAUUUUAAUUAUGCUAUCUUUCAUAAUUCUCUUCGUCGGUAUCUUAAUUACCAGUAUUUAUGGAUUAUUAAUAAACGACUGUGAUUUUUAUAGUGAA